CGCAUCCACAAUCCUUUCGAUCCAUUUUCUCUUGAGUAGGAAUCAACCCUUCCGAAGCUUUCAUCCUUCGCGAAUUAGUAAAAAUGGAGCAAUGCCAACAGCAUUUCCUUGUAGCGACCUACCCGGCCCAAGGCCAUAUCAACCCGUCUCUCCACCUGGCCAAGCGCCUCCCCCAAACCACCGGCGGUCGCGUCACCUUCUCCACCUCCAUCUCCGCUCACCGCCGCAUGUUUCCGUCGUUGGCCAAACCCGACGAGGAAGUAGAAGAUGGCCUCCUCUCCUACAUCCCCUUCUCCGACGGCUACGACACUGGCUUCGAAGCCGACACCGACGGCGACCUGGAUGACUUCAUGACCCAAUUCAAACUUGUCGGGACCAGAACUCUUUCUGGCAUUGUCCACGACCUCGCUGCACGUGACCGCCCCGUAUCUUGCAUAAUCUACAGCGUCUGGCUGUCAUGGGCCGCCGAUGUGGCACGUGACCAUGGUAUCCCCUCUGCCCUCUACUGGAUUAUGCCAGCGACUAUCUUCACCACCUGCUACCACUACUUCCAUGGCUAUGAGGAGCUGAUAACCUCCCACGUUCACGACCCAUUGUUCACGUUUGACCUACCCGGGCUGCCACCGCUCCAAAAUCGUGACCUCCCGUCCUUCUUAACCAUCACCAGUUCCGACGAUCCCUAUCGUCCUAUCCUCGUCGGGGUAAGAGAGACAUUUGAUACAUUGGACCGGGAGGAGAAGAGCUCAAAGCCAAGAGUUUUAUUGAACACCUUCGACGCACUAGAGGCUGAUGCGAUCAAGGCCGUCGGCAACAUGGACCUCAUCACGAUAGGGCCAAUGCUGCCGUCCCUUUCCUCAGAUGGCCAGGAUUCAAAAGACACCGCCUCCGGCGGCGAUCUUUUUGAAGCCGAUGAGAAGGGAUACAUGGAGUGGCUGGAGUCGAAGCCGGAGAAAUCGGUGGUGUACGUGUCAUUUGGGAGCAUGUCGGUGAUAAAGAAGCGGCAAUUGGAGGAAAUCUUGUGGGGAUUAAAGGAGAGCGGGAGGCCUUAUCUUUGGGUGGUGCGGAAGGACAACAGAGGGGAAGGCGUGGAGCUGGAGGAUGGAGAGAAUGGGAUGGUGGUGGAGUGGUGCUCCCAGGUCAAAGUGCUGUCCCACCCGUCGGUGGGGUGCUUCGUGACCCACUGCGGGUGGAACUCCACAUUGGAGAGCUUGAUAUGCGGUGUUCCAACGAUUGGGGUGCCGCAACGGGCAGACCAAGGGACGAACGCAAGACUGAUGGAGGCGUGGGGGACUGGGGUGAGAAGUGAGGUUAACAGAUCACAAGGACUGUUGGAGGGGAGCGAGUUGAAGAGGUGUUUGGAGGUGGUGAUGGGGGAGGGAGAGAGCGGGGUGGAAAUUAGGAGGAAGGCAGCGAUGUGGAGGGACAAAGCGCGGGAGGCCGUUCGUGAAGGUGGGCCCUCGGAUAGGAAUCUGAAGACUCUCGUGGAGCAGUUUAAGAACAAGUGCUGA